CAUAUAUUUCGUGCACCGGUCACUAGGGCGAUGUGUGUGUGUGUUGUCCGUUUGUUAAUGAUGUAUAUACGGUGCGGAAUAUACCUGUAAUAUCGACCCACGCGACGUUUAAAAUACAAUCUAGCACCAUCGACCCACGCGAGCGGUUGAACAUUUUUUUUUUUUUUUUUUACAUUAUUUAUAUUGUAUUGUAUUGUAUUUUUUUUGCUUUUUAAUUUAAGUAUUAUUAUUAGUAUUACCGGCGCGGCAUGACGUACUCGAUCUAGUUUCCCUGCGCGCACCGAUCAUUCACCGCCGUCAACCGCUGCCGGUCGGAUGACUUCUGGCGACGAUCAGCUACGACCGAUCGGCGCGACGACUUGUCCGCCGGCCACGAGACGCACGCUGCACUCGUCGUCGUCGGCCGUGAAGAAAGUCGACGACGGCGUCACCGUGUGGGGCGUAACGGUCCGGUCCAACUGUCAGAUCGCAUUGCCCGUCUUCGGCACUCUGUUCCUGGUCGUCGGCAUAGUGCUCACAGUGAUAUCUUAUGGCUGGGUAACCGGAAGUAGUGAAGACGACUCAAAACGCAAGUUCUAUACGUCUUCGGACAACGGACGAAUUUUGGGACCAAUAUGUUUGGUCGUAUCGAUCGUUAUGUUCAUCGCGACAGCUGUACUUCGGACAAUCAGCACAAAAGCCCGUUUCCGACAAACGCGCGUUGGAUUCCACUGUCCCGUCCACGGUGACUUCUUUCCAAUCAGUCCUGGUCCCGAUCCGAGGAAAUUCUCCUUUUCUACUGAAAACAUUGCCGAAGACUCGUGGACGUGUAAUUGUUUAAAUCGAUCGAAAGGAGACUCACAGGAAACGUUGGCCAUCGAAGACUUGCCUCCUCAAUGUCCGCACAACGGAGUGCACAGGAGCAACACCAGGAGUCCGAGUCCUGUGUCCACUUGUCCGACACCAAAACCGUUUUUAAUAUUCACCGAUUCUGCGCACGGUGCUUGCAAAGAACUGUACAGCGGAAAUACUCUAUUCCCAGAUGAACCGUUCGGGUCAAUACGAUCUCUGUCGGUUCCAAACGAUAACUUGGCAGUGGCGUGUUUUCCCGUCGAACACAAACCAGAACAGUACUUGAACGUGCCCGAAGAUUAUUGGUCCCACAAGAGAUUGAGUUGUCCGAGUCUGCCAUCGGCGGGAGACGAAUUUCCGCAGCCGGUUCACAAGCCUCUAACGCCACAGGUUGUAAAGGUGACGCGAGAAAUUAAAUUCGUCACGCCUGCAGAAUCUAAGAGUAUUGAUUAAUUAACCGUGUCAACUAUUCCUGUUGCCGAUCAGAUCGACAAUGAUUAAUAAACAUGUUUUAUGAAUUCAGUAAUUUGUGAUUUUCAGAAAUGUGAUAAAUCCGUAGGUAAUAGGCGUAUUAUACAUUAAGUCUUAAUGCCAGUUUUUUCUACACAAAAUCUUAUGUGAUACUUAAGUAUAAACAAAGUGAUAAUUGGUAGUAAAAUUAUUUUCUUAAUAAUCAAAAUGUUAAGAAAAAAAAUCAAUCAGUUAUUAAUGUUCCGUAAGAACCAUGAUUCAUGAAUCAUUUUUUUUUUUUAAUAAAUUACGUGUUUAUAAUUUAUAUUAUGACAUUUAAUGAUAUAUUUUGUCUUUCAUAAAUUAUGAAUAUGAAUUUUGUCAUUUAUAGUUAGGUUACCUAUAGUUUAGUUACCUAGGUAUUUAGUACAUCGCAAAUACAUUACUUCUAUAUUUUUUUGCAUUUUAGCACAAUAUAUUGUAAAUCAUUUGGAUUGUAUAUUAUAAUAUAAUAUUAUAUAAUAAAUACAUUAUUAAUAUAUUUUAUAAAUACAGAAGAUCGAUAACUAUGUGUUUAAGACUCAUUCAUAAAAACAGUGUCCUAGCUGCAGGUAACCUAGAAUUUAGAUCACAGGUGACAAGUAUAGAACAAAAUAAUAUGUAUAAUUAUUGUAUAUACAUAAUUUCAAAUAUUUUUAAAUAUUAAUACAAUUUUUAUAGGUACUUAAAAACUUGAAUAAUAAUAAGGCACAUCAUCAAGUUUAAUCUUGAAUUUUAUUAAGUAAUUUAAGUGUACUUGCAAUUUAUAAAUGAAAGUUGUUUUAUCAAUAUUAGGUAUAUAGUUAAUAAUUUUUUUUUUUUUUUAAUUUUUAUAUUCUAAAAAUACUUUCAAAUAUUAAAUCUAAAAAUGAGCUGUG